GGAGGAGGAGAAGGAGGAGGAGGAGGAUGAGGAGGGUGUUUCAGGGGGAGACCGAUUGCCUGCCUGACUGUUUGACCGUUUUUUGUUGUUGUUCCUCUGGAGAGUCGUGUUUGGACGGUGAGCAGGAACAUAAACAGGAAGAAAAAAAGAAGAAGAAGGAGGAAAAAAAGCCCUAGCGAUAUCUCCAGCGGAAACAAGACCGCAGUCUGGAGGAGAGGGAGAAGGAGAAAGCAGCCGAAGGGGAGCUAUUGUGUUCGGGGUCCGUGGAGGGCUCCGACUCGGGGGUUCAGCCGGGAGAGGGGGGGGGAUAAAGAGCCGCUAGGACGCCGAAGGAAGGAGCCUGAGAGUCGGACACGCUUCCAGGCUCGCCGCCGUGGCGAUUUAACUGUUCCGGAGAAUAACGUUAAAGCCGCGGGGGAGCCUGAGUGAAUGGGAUGGAGCCGGGACCAUCUGGAGCUGUGCCCAUGGGGCUGUACCCCCCGCCCCUGCAGCAGGUCUUCCAGGCUCCCCGGAGGCCGGGCAUGGGCACCGUUGGGAAGCCCAUCAAGCUGCUGGCUAACUACUUUGAAGUGGAGAUCCCCAAGAUGGACGUCUACCACUACGAGGUGGACAUCAAACCCGACAAGUGUCCUCGUCGAGUCAACAGGGAAGUCGUGGAGUACAUGGUACAGCAUUUCAAACCUCAGCUCUUCGGCGACCGCAAGCCGGUGUAUGAUGGCAAGAAGAACAUCUACACCGUCCUGGCUCUUCCUAUAGGAAGCGAAAAGGUGGACUUCGAGGUCACCAUACCAGGUGAGGGGAAGGACCGGAUCUUUAAGGUUUCGAUCCGCUGGCUGGCGAAGGUGUCAUGGAGGCUGCUGCAGGAGACGCUGGUGAGCGGGCGGCUCCAGGUCCCGCUGGAUUCAGUUCAGGCUCUGGACGUGGCCAUGAGACACCUGGCAUCCAUGAGGUACACUCCAGUGGGCCGCUCCUUCUUCUCUCCCCCUGAAGGGUACUACCAUCCCCUGGGAGGAGGUAGAGAGGUCUGGUUCGGCUUCCAUCAGUCCGUACGCCCGGCUAUGUGGAAGAUGAUGCUUAACAUUGACGUGUCCGCCACGGCUUUCUACAAAGCCCAGCCUGUCAUCGAGUUCAUGUGUGAGGUUCUGGACAUCCGCAACAUCGACGAGCAGCCCAAGACCUUAACCGAUUCUCAAAGGGUUCGCUUCACCAAGGAAAUCAAGGGGCUGAAGGUGGAGGUGACGCACUGCGGUCAGAUGAAAAGGAAGUAUCGUGUGUGUAACGUCACUCGCCGUCCUGCCAGCCACCAGACGUUCCCUCUGCAGCUGGAGAGCGGACAGACGGUGGAGUGCACGGUCGCGCAGUAUUUUAAACAGAAGUACAACCUGCAGCUGAAGUACCCUCACCUGCCGUGUCUGCAGGUCGGCCAGGAGCAGAAACACACCUACCUGCCCCUGGAGGUGUGUAACAUCGUAGCAGGGCAGAGAUGCAUCAAGAAACUGACCGAUAAUCAGACGUCCACUAUGAUCAAAGCCACAGCACGCUCAGCACCGGACAGGCAGGAGGAGAUCAGCAGACUGAUGAAGAAUGCUAAUUUUAAUCUGGACCCCUACAUUCAAGAGUUUGGGAUCAAGGUGCGGGACGACAUGGCCGAGGUGACGGGUCGAGUCCUGCCGGCUCCCAUCCUGCAGUACGGAGGCAGGAACCGAGCUAUCGCUACACCCAACCAGGGAGUGUGGGACAUGCGGGGGAAACAGUUCUACAACGGGAUCGAGAUUAAAGUGUGGGCCAUCGCCUGCUUCGCCCCUCAGAAACAGUGUCGUGAAGAGGUGCUGAAGAACUUCACAGAUCAGCUACGCAAGAUCUCGAAAGAUGCCGGGAUGCCCAUUCAGGGUCAGCCGUGUUUCUGUAAAUACGCCCAGGGAGCCGACAGCGUGGAGCCCAUGUUCAGACACCUUAAGAACACCUACUCCGGUCUGCAGCUCAUCAUCGUCAUCCUGCCCGGGAAGACACCUGUCUAUGCGGAGGUUAAGCGUGUAGGAGACACUCUCCUAGGAAUGGCCACUCAGUGUGUUCAGGUGAAGAAUGUUGUGAAGACGUCACCGCAGACCCUCUCCAACCUCUGCCUGAAGAUCAACGUCAAACUCGGCGGCAUAAACAACAUCCUGGUACCACAUCAAAGGUCCGCAGUGUUCCAGCAGCCCGUCAUCUUCCUGGGUGCAGACGUCACACACCCACCAGCCGGAGACGGGAAAAAGCCCUCCAUCACUGCAGUAGUAGGCAGUAUGGACGCCCACCCCAGUCGGUAUUGUGCCACAGUGCGUGUACAGAGGCCGAGGCAGGAGAUCAUCGAAGAUCUCUCCUACAUGGUGCGUGAGCUCCUCAUCCAGUUCUACAAGUCCACCCGCUUCAAACCCACCCGCAUCAUCUUCUACAGGGACGGCGUUCCCGAAGGGCAGCUACCACAGAUCCUGCACUAUGAGCUUCUGGCCAUCCGGGACGCCUGCAUCAAGCUGGAGAAGGAUUACCAACCCGGCAUCACCUACAUCGUGGUGCAGAAGCGCCACCACACCCGGCUGUUCUGCGCAGACAAGUCAGAGAGGAUUGGGAAAAGUGGCAACAUUCCAGCAGGAACUACAGUCGACACCAGCAUCACACACCCCUUCGAGUUUGAUUUCUACCUGUGCAGUCAUGCAGGAAUUCAGGGCACCAGUCGCCCGUCACAUUACUACGUGCUGUGGGACGACAAUCGCUUCACCGCCGACGAGCUCCAGAUUCUCACCUACCAGUUGUGCCAUACGUACGUGCGCUGCACACGUUCUGUCUCCAUCCCCGCACCCGCCUACUACGCCCGGCUCGUAGCCUUCCGCGCCCGCUACCACCUGGUGGACAAAGAGCACGACAGUGGCGAAGGAAGCCACGUCUCAGGUCAGAGUAACGGCCGAGACCCCCAGGCUCUGGCCAAAGCAGUGCAGAUUCACCACGACACCCUGAGGACCAUGUACUUCGCCUGAGAGCCCUGACCUGGCGCCGACAUCGAAGAGCCUCGUCCACCUCCCUGCGCUCGAGCCAGUACACACUACAAAUCCCUCUCACCUCAACAAACAGAACUAACACAGCGUCGUGCCCUAACCUGGCAGGACUGAGCCUCGUUUACUUUUCGUUCUUGUUGUUGAUUGAUUGAUUAUUUUUUGUUUGUUUUUAAAAAGUGUAUCGUUGUUUACUACCUUCACACCGUAUGUAUGUAUGUUCGUAUGCAAUACGGAGGAGAAGCAAAGGCACAAACCCACCCGAAGAGCUGACUGCCAAUACGGCGCUUCGUCAUUUCUCGCAUCAGUGUUCAACGGAGGAAAAGAAAAAGCGAGCGUCGAACACCUUGGUGUUGUUUUAAUGGACAAUUUUUUUUUUUUUUAAUUGUGUUUUUAUUUUUUGAACAGCCUUGAAUGAAAUAUUUUAGCACUUAGAGUUAGCUUUUAGACACAGGCGUCUCCCCUUAGCUCUCGUCUCUGUACUUCGGACCGUAGCGCGUCGGCGGAUGCUGGAGAGACGCAGCGCUCUCGAGUGUAGCCGAUCUUAUUUAGACGUGCCUCCGUAGUCAGGGGCGGCACUAGCAUAACGAUAGAUAGUGUUUCUUUUUUAUGGAAGUCCAAAGGGGUCAUACUUUUUUUUAUUAUUAUUUACUUUUUCUCGAUCACACAGGCAGCUUUAAGCUCCACUGCAUGCCGCAUAGAUAAGGCUAGGUAUAAGGCUGAAGUGGUAGCUAUCGAGUUAAAGGUAGUAGUUCAACCCGAAUCAAAUGUCGAUUGUUAUUUCCUCCCAAAUCUAGUCAAAUGAUCCGUAAUACGUGUGACGACGACUUUAGAUUUGCCCUGAUGCUCUGAGGCUAAUGUAGCUAAAAAAAAAUAAAUAAAUGAAAGAACGCUUAUAGCCUCCGCUUUAGCAUCGUGCAAAACGCAGAUCUGGAUAACAAAAGAAUCAGACUUUGGUAGGAGAUUUUAAAGGUGGAGUUAUUUUUGAGGUAAAAGGGGAAAUCCGGUACAUUUUAUUCUUCGGAUCAAAACAUCAGGGUACACACCCUUGUUCACACCCUGUGUUUCGCAUUGGAGUUAAAUCCAGGGCGUAUUCCUGCCUCACACCCAGUAUUCCCAGGAUAGACUCCACCUAACCAGGAUAAACCAUUCUGAUGAAUGACUGAUUAAAUGUUUCACUAAUAUACAAGAUAGCUAGCUCGUUUUAUUUCUAAGAUUUUGUCCAUUUCCCAAUUGGAAAUCUCGGUAUUCCCAGUCAGGGAACCCCAAAAACAUGGCCUCUAUGGACUUCCAUACAUUUAAGCUAAGUUCCUUCUACGUGCGCAACACAGAAAACCAGCAUUCUGAACCAGCCAAAUGUGAUGCCGACCAUUCAGAGAGGCACUUAUCUGUUUUUUUGAAAUGUGCAUCUGUUUAGAGUCUGUAUGUGAGGAAAUUGAAAGUGCAGCAUUCUGGCACGCUGUAGAUAAAUAAGAGAGAGAGAGAGACGCAAGAUCACACACACACACGCAAAUCUUUCCUUCCUAUUCCACAAGAGCCUUCCAGCAUCUCUAAACUGGUCUGUACUCAAAGCAAUACAAGGUCUUUUCACAGUGGACGUGAACGCUCUCUGCUCACGCUGCACAUUCCACACACCAAGAAGGACGUGACACACUUCCCCUCCCGCCUUCUCUCAUUCUUACGCUAACUCAAAGGACACAGGAACAUCGGGUUUUUUUGUUUUUUUUUUAGUAUUGUUGUGAGUACACACCGUGUAGCUGCCCACCACCACCUCCUACGUAGAAAGCUCUGCCGUCGGGUCGGGUCACGCACAACCCACCCAUCCUACACACACCCUACACACACCCACACACCCACCCACACCACAGCCUUAUGAUUAAGAAGUCACAUCCUUCCACGUAGCAGCCAUGGUACAUACACACCUACAUAUCUGCCUGGAUUUCUGCCAGAUGUGUACCAUGUACACAGAAAUAGUUGAAAACGGGAAUUUUUAUUAUUGUUUUUGGUUAUUUUUUUUACCCAUCCAUGUCAUCGUGGUUUCAUGUAUUGCAUGUUUUAAAUCGUGACCCGGAUCCCUCAGUAUCCAUGCUCUCUUAUGUUUUCUAGUUGUUUUAUUAAUCGUUAACUGCACUUGUUGCCCCUUCGGUUCCUUUUCCGAGGGGGGUCACUGUAAGGGGAGGUGGGUGGGGGUGGUGUCUUCGCUUUCACUUUCACUUAUUUUUUAGCCUCAAAAAGCACCUCAAAACAAACAUAGGGUCCAUCGGAAUUCCAAAGGGAUCUUGGUUAUGUAAUGGUUGAAUAGGUUUACUUUUCGUUUUUCUUUUAUUAAAAAAAAAAUGAGUAUUAUGUUUCAGCCAACUCGAAAUGUAUUUAUAACUUGAAAUGGCCGCUGACGGUUGGGCCUAUAGAAUUGUGAGGGCUCUGAUCUGAUCUGGUCUGGUCCGAUCCAGCAGUUUUAUAUCAUGAUGCAGUACUUAAACUCACAAAUCAAAUGAGAGGGGAGAGAAAAGAAAGAAGAAAAAAAAAAAACAAGCCCCUUUAGACCCAAAGAGAAGGAACUGGAGAUGGAACUUGACUCAGCCUCACUAUAAAAGCAAUACAAAGCCACUGCAAAACGACGGCCCUUAUCUUAGCACUUCCCAACAGGCUGAUUCGGAAGUACACAUGAACAAAGUUAUUUUGGCUCUGUAAUGUAAUAGUGUUGGGGGGAGGGUUAUUUUUU